AUGGCUGGGUUGUUAGAAGCAUAUCCAACCAUCCAUCUCUGGCUGGCUGUUCUACUUCUCUUCGCAGUCCUUUGGAUAUGUUUGAAAGCUACUACUGGUACCCGAAAGGUGCCAGCGACUGGCUUCCCAGUUAUCAAGCUAAAAUCAAAUGACAUGGAGCCAGGUAUUAUCGAAGGAUCCAAGCUGUAUCCAGACAAGCCUUAUGAAAUCCAAGUCCCGGCAAAGCAGAUGAUAAUUCUGCCUCGUAAAUACUUGGAUGAGAUUAAGCGGUUUCCCGAGAGCCAGAUGAGCUUCAAGGCUCUUGUUAAAGACGCAAUGGCUGGGGAGUAUACUAUGAUCGCAACUCACGAUCACAGCUUGGUGACUGCUCUGCGGCGUGACCUGACUCAAAACAUAGUGCAUGCUCAUGAGCUGCUCCAGGAAGAAGCUAUCUCAGUCGUUAAAACCAAGCUUGGAUUUUGUGGGAAUGACUAUGCACCGGUGAAACUAUUGCCUACGCUGCUUGACAUGGUGUCUUCUAUGACGAGCCGUAUCAAGCUGGGAUGUAUAUUGAAAUAUACUGAAGAUGCAUUCAAAGCUGGUAUGAUUCUGCAUAUGACCCCAAGCAUAAUUCACCCGCUUUUGAAUAUGUUUCUUCCGCAGCUAUGGGCUGUGCGACGGCAUUAUGCUACCGUUAAAAGGUUGGUGACGGCAUACCUACUGGUACGGCUGCUUAAACCGAUUCUUGAAGAACGCAUUGAAAAGCUCAAGGACCCUGCAUAUAAGCCUCCAAGGGAUAUGAUCCAAUCCUUCAUUAAUAUCAACCCGCAAAAAGGGAUGUCCUUGGAUUUUCAGGCCACAAACCAACUGAUGGCCGCUUUUACAUCAAUGCAUACAACCUCCAUGAACGCCUGUCAUGCAUUAUUCCAUCUAGCUGCGGCACCAGAACACGUGGCUCCUUUGAGGGAAGAGAUUGAGACUGUUUUAGCAGAAGAUGGAAGUCUCACUUCUAAGGCUGCCAUGCAGAAACUCCGCAAGCUGGACUCCUUCCUUAGAGAGACUCAACGGUUAAACCCAUCGUCAUUCGUUGGCAUGGAACGCAAAGUGUUAGCCACUACAAAGUUAUCUGAUGGUACGGUUCUACCAGCAGGGUCUAUACUUGGGUUCAAUUCUUUCCAGAUAAAUUAUGAUACUCAGCUAUGGGAGAAUCCUGAGAAAUUUGAUGGAUUCAGAUUUGAAAGGCUACGGGCUGCUGAAGGAAAUGACCACAAGUACCAAGCCACUUCCAUUGGACUUGAGAGUCUAUCGUUCGGCCUGGGAACACAUGCUUGUCCUGGUAGAUUCUUUGCUAUUAACGAGACCAAAAUUCUCCUUGCUCAUUUGAUAAUGAAUUACGAUUGGGCUUUCCCAGACGGACAAGGACGACCGAAAAAUUUUACUCUUAUUUCUGCUCUUCUUAUCAAUCCAGAGUCUGAAGUAUUAUGCAGGCGAAGACAAUAA